GGACUCGGCGGAGGCAGAAGCGACAGCGGAGGCGGCGUCGCCGCGAACGAGCCUUCCCCCUCCUCAGCAGCAGCAGCAGCCGCCGCCCCCCCCACCGCCAUGGUGAAGAUCGCCUUCCAGUCGCCCUUCGCCCACAAGGACGAGCCCAAGAAGGGGGCGGCCGAGGCGCUGGUAGCCGAGCAGGAUCCAGAAGUUGCGACACACAGCCGUGAAAAUUCCUCUGGAAGAUGUCUGCUGACUCUUUUGGGACUUGCCUUCAUUUUAGCUGGGGUAGUGGUUGGUGGAGCCUGCAUCUACAAGCAUUUCAUACAAAAGAGCAAAACGUUCCAUGGUCGAAUGUGUUACGUGGGAGAAGACAAUCAGAAUCAGGCAGCAGAGCCGCAUGUCCUGCCCGUCAAUGAAGGAAUUGAUAUCAGAGAGGUGGAUAACAUUGCCAUCAUCGAUGUUCCUGUUCCAAAAUUCUCUGACAGUGAUCCAGCAGCCAUUGUGCAUGAUUUUGACAGACUGCUGACAGCGUACCUUGAUCUCCAGCUUGGAAACUGCUACGUGAUCCCUCUGAACACCUCUGUCGUUAUGCCACCACGGAACCUGAUAGACCUUUUUGCAAAAUUAGCGACUGGUUCCUACUUGCCUCAAACUUACCUUGUUCGUGAAGAAAUGGUGGUGACUGAGAAGAUUGAUAAUGUGUUAGAUCUGGGUGUAUUCAUUUACCAGCUCUGUGUAGGGAAGGAAACCUUCAGACUUCAGCGUAGAGAAAAGAUCAUUGGCCUUCAAAAGCGCUCAGCUGAAAAGUGCCACAUAAUCCGACACUUUGAAAAUGUGUUUAUUGUUGAAACCAAGAUCUGUCAGCAGUGAAAUAUGUAGGCUGGAAAGUGACAAUCACGCAUCUUCAUUAAAAAUCCGAGCUUUACAACUUCAGUUUCAGAAUUAAAUGUGCAGUGAUAAUCAAAAGCCUUAUGUUUCCUUUCUAUGAAUUGCUUAGAUUAAAAGAAAACCCUUUAAAUUCACAAUAGGCUUUUAUUUGAAACUUGUGGUGCUGCUAAAUUUUUCAGCUACUUCAAUUUUGAAUAGUAACAUUUUAAAACUGAUUAUCCUCUUAAACAUCUGUAUGCUUGUUUCAGACUUAAGAAACAAAUAGAAAUCCAAAUACCAAUUCCUGCAUAAACAUAAUCUAAUUGUUACUUGACACUCCACAAAAACUAAUGCAUUAAUCUCUAGUUUGCACAUUGGUUUCUAGAUCCAUAAAAUUGUUCUGCACUUGGUUUCCCCCUAGGGAAACAGAAAAGACACAUCAAGAUUUUAAGGGUUUAUUUAAACUUCAUUUGUGAAGCAUGUAACUUUAACCUUGGUAAUCAUAAGCAGCUAACAUUGCUUUUUUCAUUUUGUGCAAUUACUGUAUUAAAUUUGUAUGUAUAUUUGGAACCUAUCUUGAGCUGACUUUAUUACUUUAAUUCCUCCCUCUUUUGUUUGUUGUACUAUUUAGUUGUAUAGCCAAGCACAUUUAUUCUUAAAAGCUUUUACAUUGGUAUUUUGGGUUGCUGGACCUACUUCUUAACAUCUUAAAUACAAAAGUAUGUAAUUAACAUUUUUAUUAGGUCCGGUUAUCAGUGUUUCCAUAGCUAUAAAUUCCUAUCUUGUGAAACUUCUAGAGCAGACCUUAUAAGCAAGUUACCACUAUUACUAGAGAGAUCAUCUCCUUGCGUAUGAUUGUGGUCUGAGAUAGUAAAGAGAUUCCUAGAGAGCUGCAAACUGAGUAUUUUAUAAGGGACUUUAUAUUUCACGCAGAUUCUGCAACCCUCUAAUAAAUGUUUCUCUUAAGA